GGUGCAGCCUCCCAGGUGGGAGGCGGGGGCUGCAGGCGCAGGAAAAGGCGCCUUGGGAGCGGGCGCUCGGCGGGGCCUCCUCUGGCCCCGGGCGCGGCGCGGCGAGUGGGAGCGAGCGCGCCAGGACCACGCAGGCGCCCUGCUCCGGCUGGCCCUCGGCCGGCGCGCUGCGCGGGAGCAGCCCGCAGCCCGCCCCCUGCGCCCCCCGCAGCCCCUGGGCCGCCCGCAGCCGCCCGUCGGGAGCAGCCCAUCGGCAGCCCGCGCAGGCCGCCGGCCCGGGAGAGCGCGCGGCGGCGGCGGCGGGACGGCCCCGAGCGCGCCCUCCCGCCUGCGGCCACUCUCAGCCGGCGCUGGCCCGGCCGGCGCGCCCCGCAGGCGGCCGGAGCGCGGCCUCGGCCUCGGCCCGAGCUAGCCCCGGGCCGUAGCCCGCGAGAGGCGGCGCGGGCGGCCGAGGGCACUGACGGCGUCGCGGGGCGCUCCCGGGCGGCGGCGCAGCGGCAGCGGCGGCGCAGGGGGCGGAGGCAGGGGGCGCCCCCAGCCAGGAUGCUGCGGUUCCUGCGCCGGACCUUUGGCCGCCGCUCCAUGCAACGCUACGCGCGGGGCGCGGCGGGGCGCGGGGCCGCCGGGCUGGGGGACGAGCGCGACGGGGGGCUGCGGGGGGGCCCGGCCGCCGCCUCCUCCUCUGCGCUGCCCGCCGCGCCCGGGGGCAGCGUGUUCCCGGCGGGCGGCGGGCCCCUGCUCACCAGCGGCGCGGCCGUGCACAUCUCCGCCGCCGGCGCCGCCAAGGCCACCCUCUACUGCCGCGUCUUCCUGCUCGACGGGACCGAAGUGAGCGUGGACCUGCCGAAACAUGCCAAAGGCCAGGAUUUGUUUGAUCAGAUUGUGUAUCACUUGGACCUUGUGGAAACAGAUUACUUUGGCCUCCAGUUCCUCGAUUCUGCCCAGGUUGCGCACUGGCUGGAUCAUGCCAAACCCAUAAAAAAGCAGAUGAAAAUUGGACCUGCUUAUGCUUUGCACUUUCGAGUUAAAUACUAUUCUUCAGAACCAAACAACCUUCGUGAGGAGUUUACAAGGUACCUGUUUGUUUUACAACUCAGGCAUGACAUUCUUUCUGGAAAAUUGAAAUGCCCUUAUGAAACAGCUGUGGAGUUAGCUGCUCUCUGUCUACAAGCGGAGCUUGGGGAGUGCGAGCUUCCAGAACACACACCAGAGCUUGUGUCUGAGUUUCGGUUCAUUCCAAAUCAGACAGAAGCGAUGGAAUAUGAUAUCUUCCAGAGAUGGAAAGAGUGCAGGGGAAAGAGCCCUGCCCAGGCGGAACUCUCCUAUCUGAAUAAAGCGAAGUGGCUGGAAAUGUAUGGGGUAGACAUGCACGUUGUCAGGGGAAGAGAUGGCUGUGAAUAUUCUCUUGGACUGACCCCGACAGGCAUAUUAAUCUUUGAAGGAGCUAACAAAAUAGGCUUAUUCUUUUGGCCUAAAAUUACCAAAAUGGAUUUUAAAAAGAGCAAAUUGACACUCGUGGUGGUCGAGGAUGAUGAUCAGGGACGUGAGCAAGAGCACACGUUUGUGUUCCGGUUAGACAGUGCCAGGACCUGCAAACACCUUUGGAAGUGUGCAGUUGAGCACCACGCGUUCUUCCGACUGCGGACGCCAGGAAACAGCAAAUCCAAUAGAUCCGACUUUAUCAGGCUGGGCUCUCGCUUCAGAUUCAGUGGGCGGACAGAAUAUCAAGCUACACAUGGCUCCAGGUUACGAAGAACCAGCACCUUUGAGAGGAAGCCUAGUAAACGUUAUCCAUCCCGGAGACAUUCAACGUUCAAAGCAAGCAACCCAGUGAUAGCAGCCCAGCUCUGCUCUAAAACAAAUCCAGAAGUCCAUAAUUACCAGCCUCAGUAUCAUCCUAAUAUCCACCCUAGCCAGCCCCGGUGGCAUCCUCACUCUCCAAAUGUCAGGCCAUCCUUUCAGGAUGACAGGUCGCACUGGAAAGCAUCGGCCAGUGGAGAUGACAGCCAUUUUGAUUAUGUCCACGACCAGAACCAGAAGAACUUAGGAGGGAUGCAAAGUAUGAUGUAUCGAGAUAAACUCAUGACUGCACUUUGAGAGACUGAAGCAUCUCUCUUCCAUUCACCUUCAUAGUUUCAUUGCAUUCCAUGAAAAGUGUCUUGGCCUCACAUGGAUGGAUGUGUUUGUACGAGUGUCUUUAAGGAGUAGUCCUGAAGGGUGUUUUCAGUGUCCAUGUAAAUAUUUGAAGAUAAAACCACUAUAGCUUGUUAUAAUUUACUGUUGACUGCAUUCUCAUUAAAAUGAAGGUAGUUAAAGGCUCAGGAAUCAUUUUGAUUUUCUGAUUUUAAAAUUGGAGUCAAAGUCUAUGUUUAUCAUAUUACUGUGUACCUGAUGUUCUUUGUUAUUUAAUUAAUGGGAGCAAAUAAAACCAGAAGAGCUUGGAAAGAUUGCUCAGCAUGUAUUCCUAUCGUAGAAGUUGAGGUUGCUAGGGUCCAGUUUCCCUAGUGUGGCCUGGAUAAGUCAUUUCCUCUUCAUUGACCUCAUUUUCCCCAUCUGAAAAGAGAGGGUUGGACUAAGUGAUCUCCAAGGUCCUUUCCAACUCUAAAAUUCUGGAAUUUGUUAACAUUUCACUUUGUUUAGGUUGAGGAUAUACAUUCAAACUAAUUUUAUCACAAGGAAAACUGCAAUACCCACUUCCUUGACAGAGAGUUACUCCUUUCAGAAGCUAAAUAAAGUAUAUAACUUAUUAGAUGUUAUAUAAAUACAAGGGGACUUUGAGUUUCACAUCUUAAAGCAGUUGAGCUACUUCGAAUUUAAGCAGUUGUACUAAUCUUAAAUUGCAUAGCAUUUGUUUUGAUAGAAUUUGCUGCUCAAGUAUGAGAAUAAUUUUUAAUGUCUUAAUGAUUGGUGCUGCUAACUUGCAUGAUUUCAGAAGACAUAAUUGUGAAUACACGCUGUCAGAAUUAGGGGAUUGGUUUUUACCCUAGACUUCACUCUUAAAAAGCAACGUGCAGUCAGGAUCAUUUAUGGCUCAAAUGAAAGCAUAUAAGGUUUUCUUGAAGUUGUGCCAAAACAUUCUGUAGAGUAGGAUGAGAUGGGUGUUGCCCUAGUCUGUUGGUAGACCCAGAAAUCAGUAUGUUGUCUUUUAGGUUAAAGCUUGUACCAAAAUAUUUAUUUCCCCCGUUUCAAGCCCUGAGUCAAACAUUUUUUUCUCUUAAUAAUAGACCUGAAAUGUUUUAUUAGUAUUUCUGUGAAAUCAGUUGAUUCUUGUGCCAUUUUUAUGUAUGUAAUUGUAAUUUUGCCCAUGUUAGGCCCUCUAAAAAAUGUUUGACAUCCUUUGAGAUCUUUUGUUACUAAAAUCUGAUCUUUUUUGGCUACCGCAAAAAUCUAUUCAGCAAGAAGGUAUCAGCUGCGUACCUUGCACAGUGGAGCUGACCGCCUAUAAACUCUCCCUAAGGUAUUUGUUUACAGGUGUAUUCCAUUUUAGCAGACGUUCUGAUCCUCAGUGUAUGUGCUGCAUACAAAUAAAUGUGUUCUGAAUCUUUUCAUCUUACUGAUAGCAUUUUUACAAAUGUGUUUCCAAGGAAUAAAGAUUAUUCUUGCUUUUUUUUGACUCCAUCUUCAUUUUUUUUUUAUUGAUUCUUAUUGCUAUGCAGAAAUCUCAUUUGUGAAUGACCUCGGUAACAGAACAGGUGGUUUUUGGAAGUCUGAAGGUGAGCAUUCAGUUAGGUGGGUGGAGCAAGAUCAUCUUAGAAUGAGGCUGCUCUUGGCAAGAGUGGCUCUUACAGGCACAGCAGCUGAUGCCUUUCUUCAUCUGGGGCAACUCUGGCGAAGGUUGUCCUGCCUAUUACAGGUGCAGAAUAGAGAGAAGUGGUGGCAGUGGGAUUUCCCCAGUAAUAGUCCUGUAAAGGUGGAUGUUUGUCCUGGCUAUUUGUGCUCUUCCUGGCAGGAAGGCAUCCAAACCCUUAUCUGUGGGCUCCUGGAAAUUGUGUAUGCCAUCUGAUACCCUCUAAUAAAUACCUCUCUGCUUAAA